AUGCUGUCUCGAUCUGGCUUCUGGCAUCUCUGCAGCGUUCUGUUGCUCUUGACCUCGUUGGCAGAAGCAUCACUCUUCUCGCCGUUUCUGUCCGUGCUCGAAUGGUCGCAACAGACAAGCUCCAACGAAACAUUCCACCAUGAGCUGCCCAAACGCGCGCUGGAUCCAACGUCCUGUCCGACAAAUUACAAAAACUGUGCAUCCAUUGGUGCACCAGGUCUUUGCUGUGCGAACUCGGCCGUCUGCGCUCCUGAUCAGGCUGGCCAUGUUGCUUGCUGUCCCAGCGGUGCCGUUUGCACCGGCGCCAUCUCGUCCAUCAUCACCAGCGGUGUCAUCGCCUCUGGCGGCUCUGUCGCCUCGACCACAGCUGCCGCUUCUCAGCCCCUGACUGCCUCUGCUUCGUCAUUCCGAACAUCGCCUACGUCAGGAGGCGGUCUUAUUGUUGCAAGCGGUCUGACUACCACUGGCACGUCUCCUGCCACCACGGGUUCAGCGGCUACCACGGACGGUGGCUUCAUCAUCGUCGGAACAAGCACCGCUGCUACUCUGGGAAGUCAUGCCGAGAGAAACCUCCAAACUCCAUUCCUCGUCCAGGCCAUCAUUGGUCUGCUUGGACUUAUGCCGCUUUAA